AAUUUUUUUCAGUUCACCUAUCAUUUUUUAUUCCUUUGUAUCGUGGAAGUUCUUAAUUUUAAUCCGAUUUACUCUUUGUAAUUGUUGGCGGGUUUUUGCGGGGUCGUACUUCGAAUACCGUAAACGCUAAAUUCACGCGAAUAUAUUUCGCAAAGGCUGCAAGUGAAUAUGGAUUAUUAAUCAUUUUUAUUGCAGCAUAAUUUUCGUGGCGUUUAUGGUAUUCAAGCCAUAAUAUUGCAAAAACUGUUAGAUCUAAUCGAAUCUAUCGUGUUCGUUGAAUCGAUUAUUCGCCUUUACAGGAAUAAUUAGCUCGGUGCCAUCUUCUGCCAUAUUAUUACUCAUGGAAUAUCCGAUAAUAUUAGCAUCGUUAGCAUCGUUCGAAGAGAUAUUGUGAAAACGUUAUUCGGUAACGAGUGACAUUAUAUUUAACGGGAGGAUUGUUAUUUUUACACGCGUCUGUACGUGUGUGGAAAUUUCCCUGUUACAUCCAACAUUUUGUCAUACAAAAGGAUUCAAACACAUAAACACCGUAGCCGUACUUCCAUCACUCCAAUUGAAUAAUCUACUAACGCGUUACCAUAUCCGUAAAUGUAGACUUCAAUAGGUUGGACAUUGUUUUCAAUAAAUUAUUAAUUAUUUUACCCGAUAAGCCGAGUCGGCCGUUUUCUUCUCUCGUUUUCUUCAAUUAGACAACAAACGUCCAUAUUCCCCAUUCAAAACGCUCGUAUAAUACAUUUCUGCGAUUCGCAUUUAAACUCGUCCUGAUGAAAAUGAAAUAAAAAAAUUUAAUCCAUCCAAUCCAUCUUUCAGAUAGGCUCACAGAAUUUUAAUUGAAAAAUAUUUGCUAAAAUAUUAGAAAAUUAGCAGCAAACAAAUUUCUAGAAAUUCUCUGACAUAGUUGGAUCUCCAAUCAAAUGUUAUUGCAAAAAGGAUUUUGAUUGCUCAGUCAGAAAUCUCGCCCCGUUCGCCAGACGCUCUUAUUACCCGGCGCCCUGUACUCACGCAUUUAUCAUAUCGCGAUCUCGUACGACGUAUCUAUUACGAUAUCUCGCACUCAUCUCGGGGAUACGAACGGGGGUAGGGAUCCCGUAUUGCAGGCAUAUGGGGAUACGGAUAGCAGCGCGCGAGACAAUAUAUAUAUCUGACGAGGGCCUGGUGUUACCGAACACCUGCUCCACACCGGGACCUUUGUCCAAGGGCCGAUAUAAAACUCGUACACCAUUUCGGCCGCGCCAGUAGACUUUCGAGAGGCGGUCAAGCACACUGCGACAAUCCCCGCUCCGCAACUCGUGACUCCGCGACUCGAAUCGUUUCAACGAUUUCACCAUCAGGGAGAUAAAAGUCGGCUAAAUCACGUCGUGUAUAAAUCACGAUAAAUCCUCGUUGAAUCAUCGUUGAUAUUAAAUAAAAAAUUCUCAUCGGGGAAAAAAUUCAAAGACAAAAUCUCUGGAUGAGAGUUUUUGAUUAAAUUAAGAAAAAAUGCGAAAAAACAUUAAAUUUGAAAGUAACAUUCGUUAAUUACUUUGAGUAUAAAAGCUGAGGAUUUCUGUGUGUGUGUGUGUGUGUGUGUGUGUGUAUAUGUGUGAAUGAUAAAAAAUAAUAACAUUUCACGACACGCACACGGUAUUCGCACGAGGGUUUAUAAAAUAAAAAGGGUACAUCCCUCCCCGAAGAGAAAUAUAUGAAUUGCGAAGCCUCAAGAGAUCUCGAUUGAAGAUAACGCAAGACAAUCGAAGGAUUCAAGAACUCUGGGAGAUUGACGGAGAUGGCGAACCUACUGUGGCUGUUAUCAGCGAUUAUCGUCGUAAAUACGUUGAUCGCCGGCACGCGCGCGGACGAAGAUCUUAAUAGUACGAUCAAGCUGCUGCAGGAGCAAGUGGGCGCACUGCUGGACCAUCGACAGGAGGAUUAUAAUGCUUUGGAGGAGAGUCUGAAACAAGCAAUGGAAAAGAAUACAGAACUCAUCGUUCUUAGAAACGAGGUGAAGCAACUCAGGAAGGAAGUGAACGCUCUGCGCGGCGGAAGCGGCAACGAGGCGAAGAACGAGCGAUUGAGGGUGCGAUGGCUAGGCAGCGCCGUGACGGAGUUGCAAAGCGAGGUCGCCGAGGUGCUCAGGACGCGGAACGCCAGCGAGGAGCUCGCCGAACGUUCGAGGAUGAGGAGCGAGCUGGCUCUGCUGAGGGGUGACGUUGCCGAGGUCGGCAGGAGUGUACGCGACCUCGGGGGAAGAAUCACCAAGAUCGAGGCCACCCUUGGUACCAUCAGACUCGACAUCGCCGCGACCAAGGAACGCGCCAGCCUUCUGUCCCGCUCCUGCGCGGAUGUCAGCAGUCAGUUAAGCACGGUGCAGAUCGAGUUGAAGUCCCUGAAAUGCGAGUCCACGCUUCCAGGCCAGCGGCAGGAUCUGCAGAAAUCGGAACAUCAUAACAAGGCCGAUAUCUUUCGCAAUGAGGUGAGCGGAUCGCAUGAGGCUUUGUCAACCCGAAGACACAGUUACUCCCGCGCUUUAGCUCAUCGUGCUCAUUUCGAGGAACGUCUACGUAAUGUCGAGCGAAAGAUCUCCAUAGUGGCGCGAAAGCGAGCGAUGGUGGAAAAACGAGUGGUAUAUGAAGAUCGUGAACAUCUCGAGGAACGGGUGAGGAGUCUCGAGUUGGAACAGGCGGAGCUUUCGAAAAGAAUGUCCAACGCCAGCCGGGAUCUGGUAUCAAUGAAUGAGCUGGACGAGUCGGUGAUACGACUAUACGACUCGGUUCGCCUGCUCGAAGAGGCAGUUUUCACCAAUCGCUCUGAGGUGAAACGAGAACUGGCCAGAUUGGAAAUAAACGCGGCGCGAAAGGCGGCCGAAUUGUCGCUGACUAGAGAAGAGCUCGGCAAUCUGCGACGAGCGGUUCAGGCGUUGAGCGUCAGCGCGUCCCAACUGCAGGAAAAGAGCGACGUGCAACGGAAGAAUCUGAACGCCUUGAACGAGACUCUCAGUCGUCUCGAUCUUUCUCGGAACCUGGCCAAGGCAGUGAACGUCACGCACGAGUUGGAACAAGUGGAGGAUCAGUAUCGUCUCAUGGUGGAUUCUCUUCCGGGAAAUUGCGAGGAGCGCGACGGCUUGACUCUGUUAGCACCAGGUCCCGGGGCACCCUUAUUGGCCUCCUGCCGUGCCGGCUGGAUCGUCGUGGCCCGCAGGAUUGACGGCGCGGUCGACUUCGAUCGCACCUGGAACGAGUAUUCGGUCGGUUUCGGUUCACCAGUCAGCGAGUUCUGGAUCGGCAACGAGGCGCUACACCGGCUCACUCGCGACAACUGCAGCAGGCUGCGAAUUGAUCUGACUGAUACCUACGGCGUGCAUUGGCGCGCCGAUUACGAGCAUUUCACAGUGGACUCCGAGGAGACUGGUUAUCGACUUCAUGUGUCCGGUUAUUCGGGCAAUGCGACUGACGCGCUUUCCUACCAGGACGACAUGGCAUUCAGCGCUAAGGACCGUGACAUGGACAUCAGUACUACCGAUUGCGCGGCCAAUUAUCGUGGCGGAUGGUGGUUCAGUCACUGCCAGCAUGCCAAUCUCAAUGGCAGGUAUUCCUUAGGUCUGACGUGGUUCCAAUCGGCGACCAACGAGUGGAUGGCGGUCGCGUCUUCCGAAAUGUCGGUGCAACGGAAACAAAAUUGUUGAAGCUAUUUGAAUUGAUGGAUGGUUAAAUGGAAUAAUACGUUGAUCGAUGAAUUGUGAGAAAAUGUUGAUUCUAUAAUUUGAAUCGUGCAUCUCGUGUGUGAUCGAUUCAUAAGAACGCUUGAUUGCAAUACCAAAGAGAUAAUGUAAUUUAAAGAUUUUGAUGUAAAUACGUUGUAUAGUUAUGCACAAACGGAGUGAAUGCUGUAAACAUGCAAAGAACAUAUGUUACUUAUUGUACUUAUAUAAAAAGUACUAUAAUAAAAAGUCAAUGAAAAUCACUA